GUGCAGCUCGCGCCUGCGGCCGCCGCGCUGCGGGGCCAGGCCAGCCUGAUAGUCCCCGAGGGCGCCAGGCCCGGCCGGCUCCUGGAGUUCUCCGCGCCCGACGGGACCACCAUGCAGGUCCCAACGCCGGAGGGCAGGAAGCCGGGCGACCGCUUCCAGGUGCAGCUGGCGCCGCCCGCCGCCAGCUGCGGCGAGGUGGUGCUGACCGUGCCGAAGGGGGCGCACCCGGGGCAGCUG